AUGCGAUGGUGCGGUGCGUGCGGGCCCGUGCCGCCGCCGCGCUCGCUGCCGCCUCCCGGUAAGGAAACGCCGCCGCCCCCCCCCCACGCGCGCGGUGUCAGCGGGCGCUCGGCGCGCAAAGCGCAAAAGUGCAGCACCGGUGCACCCCUGGGCACGGGCCUCCCGCCGUCCGCUCGCUGCUGCUGCCGCCUUGUGGCCGAAGCGCGGCACUGCAGCCCAGGGUUCGCGCGCCGCCUCUGGCCGCUCCUGCGUGCCGUCGGCGGCCGGCGCAUGCGCGGUCCACGGGAGCAGCAUGGCGGCGCUAAGGGCGUGGGUGUCGGCGUCAGCGGCAUGGGAGCAAAAAGGGACAGGCGGAGCGCUUACUGGCUGUGGGCAGGAGCUGCUGCAGCUGUAGCUGGAGAGGCCAGAGAAAGAGGCAGCACUGAAGACUCAGUUGUCGAUUCCUCUUGGGAUGUUGUUGACUGUGUCUGGCUCAGGUUUGUGUGGGUUGCCUUUGGCCUCAUUCUCCUAGCGGCAUGGGCGAAAAUGGACAGCUGGAGACUUACUGGCUGUGGACAGGAGUUGCAGUGGCUGAAGCUGGAGAGGCCAGAAGAAGGUAAAGCAGCUGAAGAAUAAAAUAAAGGGCAGACAAGAGACAGCCUGCCUCUCCAGGUGAGGAAGGAUCCCUGUUAGUGCAGUUCUCAGCAGAUCCGAUCACUAAUGUGCACAGCAGGGUCUGUAUGCAUAACCAAAGGCACACGACAGCCAUGUAGUGUGUGCAUGCGGGAGGCUAUGUAUCUGGGAUGCCUCAUGUUGUAAGACCUGUAAGACACCAAUCUAUGCUUUUAGGUGGAUGACAGUCAAGUGACCAGAGAUACGGGGUGGCGGGGGGGGAGGGGGGGGGGGGGGGGAGAGAGAGACAAAGACAUGUCCAAACUGUCAAAUUCUCCCAACACCUCCAAGAGCAGGAGCUGCAGUGAGUCCUGGACCCUUGGGGUCAUGUUGCCUCUCUACUGCAUCCCAGGUCCCUCCCUGCCCCCCUUCUCUCACUGCUGUAAUUUUUUUCUGUUUCCCUGCACCUCUACCUCUCCCUUUCUCCAAGUCCACCUCUUUCUUUGUCAUUCUACCCCUCUGUUUUCUUUUUCAGUCUGUGCUUCUGUCCUGUUCCCUGUCCCUCUUUUUUUCACCCUCUGCCUUGCAGCCUGUCACUAUUUUUGUCUUUCUCCAUUUAUCUGUCUUCCUAUCCCAAAUUUUAAUUCCUCCCUGUCUGCCCUUUAGCUCUUCACUGCCUGCUCCCCCCCAUUUUCUCUGUCUGGUGCUGUGCCUCUAUUUUAAAAUACCUCUUUCUCUGCCCUGUACCCUAGGUAUACUUUUUCUUUCCUAGAUUCUCUCAUUCCAGGUCCCUGUCCCUAUGUUUUAAUUUCUUCCCUCUCUAUCCCGUAGCCCAUUUUCCUCUUUACUGCUCACUCUCCGUCUGGCUCACUGUCCCUAUUCUUUAAUUCCUCUCCCUCUCCCCUUUAGCUCAUUGAGUUUUUUGGUAUUUCUGUCUCUCUCUGUCUACCUCACUGUCACCUUUUUUAAUUCUUCCCUCUCUACCCUGUGGCCCAUCACUAAUCUUUGUUUUUCUCCAUCUCUCAGUCUGGUUCCCUCUCCCUUCCUCCUCUCUGGUCUGUAGCCAAUUGCUAAUUUUUUUUUCCCCCUCUGCCUCUCUCUGUGUGGCUCCCUUUGCGUAUUUUUCAAUCCCCCCACCUCUGCCCUGCAGCCCAUUGCUGUUUUAUUGGGUUUACGUGGCAAGGUUUUGCUAGCAGGGGCCGGCAGGGGCUACAGGGGUGGGUUCUCUGAGAGGGCACGUGGCGUUGCCCGCAGGUUGGGCACAGCCAGUUCCACCUCCAAGAUGGAUCUGCUGCUGGUCAAAGCUGAGUCUAUUGGCAUUGCUGGUAGUGCCUCUGUGAUGACAUAUUUAAGGGCGGCUAAAAAAUGCUGCACAGAAGCCAUGAUAGAGAAAAUGUGAGUGUGAAACAGCCCUGCAGACACCGAGGUUGGUGAAGAAGGAGGAGGAGGAGGAGGAGGAGGUGCUUCAGGCGCCAGAGCAGAGAUUCCCCUGCAGCCUGUGGGGAAGACCAUGGUGAGGCAGGCUGUCCCCCUGCAGCCCAGGGAGGUCCACGGUGGAGCAGAUAUCCACCUGCAGCCUGUGGAGGACCCCAUGCCGGAGCAGGUGGAUGUGCCUGAAGGAAGCUAUGACCCUGUGGAGCCUGUGCUGGAGCAGGCUCCUGGCAGGACCUGUGGAGAGGAGCCCAUGCUGGAGCAGGUUUUCUGGCAGGACCCAUGGGAGGGACCCCACAGUGGAACAGAAGAAGAAGGAGCAAGGAGCAGCAGAGACAACUCGGGGGGGGGGGCGGGGAAGUAGAGAAGUCAGGAGUGAAGAUGAGCCCAG